AUGUCGAUGAAGUUUUUGACGGGUCUACAGGACCUUCUCGGCCUGUACGAAACGGGUACCGCCGCUUCCUCACCGGCAUCCCCGAUUCCUCCAACGUCUCCGUCGAUGUUCGCCACACCUCCUCAUCAGCAAUCCCACUCUUCAGCAACUUCUGUGCGAAAAAAAGUAUGCCAAGAAGCCAACAGUUCUGCUGAUGAUCCCGAUAGUGACGCUCGUAUUCGACAGUGUUCUCACACAAGAACCGUAUCCUUCCCAGCUGAUAUUGGACUGAUUACUGGAUACCACGAUGCACCUUCCGCUUUAUUCCAUUCAAUAGAAAAUUCGAAUCGAUCUAUUGACCCAACUGAAAUUCUAAAAUACUAUCGUGAAGCAUGUCAGAGAAGACAGUGUGCACCAAGUGUAGGAGUCGAAAAGCAGAUUGGAUACUUCCAUAAGAGUCCGGAUACUCGACAAGAGUUGUUGAGCUUGAAAGGAGAACGUGUAUCCCAUGCACAAAUGGAAGCUUUGGAAGAAAUAUUCAAACGCGUCCAGUUCAAUACCAUCGACUUUGAAUACACAUUUUUGGAUGAUGAUUGUGCCAUCUCUCUUGGAGAAAUGAUCGAGUUUUACGACUCGUGUGUCCGUUUGAAUCUAUCUUUCAAUAAACAAAUUGAUGUGAGAGGAUGGGCAGCAAUGUUCAAAUCGAUCCGAAACGCAAUCUCCCUUCAAAUGCUAAACCUACGAUACACGAAUCUCAAUGAUCGAUCUAUCCCAUCACUCUGUAAAUUGGCUCGAGCUCAGCCGUCAGCUUCCUUGACUUGCAUUCAUUUGGAGAACACUCAAAUGUCUGGGAAAAACCUACUGGUGCUGAUUUGUGCAUUAAAAUAUAACACAGGGAUUCGAGAACUCUAUCUUGGAGAUAACGGAUUACAACCCACGGAUGGUUCUCAUAUUUAUCAGUUGAUUUCUUCCAAUACUUGUUUGCAACUAUUAGAUUUGAGAAACAAUAAUAUUGGAGAUUCUGGAGUACGGCACAUCUGUGAAGGCCUUAGAAAUCGAGAAUCUAUUGAAAAAAGUGCAUUAUCUGCUAUGGUUCUUUGGAACAACAAUGUUACUGGAGCCUCAAUGGAUAGUUUGGCAGAAGCUUUGAUGGAAAACACGAAAAUCGAAACUUUGAACAUUGGAAGCAAUAAUUUGGGUGUCGAAGGAGUGGCUCGUCUGAAACCAGCUCUUGUUUCCAACUCACAUCUUCAUCGAUUGGGUCUUCAGAAUACAGGAAUCAACUGUGAAGGUGCCAUUAUUCUGGCAGAGUGCAUUGCUGAUAACACUGCACUUUUGAGAGUGGAUAUAAGAGAUAACCCAAUCGCACUUGCUGGUCUAUUGGCUCUUCACUCGGCAAUGAAAAUGAAUACGUCGAUCACUCUUCUAAAUAUUGAUGCAACUUGUGUCCGGAUGAGUAGUGAGAAGGUUCGCGAAUAUCAGGACGAAUUCGAACGGUACUUCCGAGAGAUUCAAACGUAUUGCGAUCGGAACAAGGAUGAUGUGCUCAAAAAACUGACGGUGACGUUUGAAGAUCAGGAUCAUGUUUCGGAGGAUACCGAGAAGGAAAAUAAGGAUGCGGACAAUGAUGACAAGGAACCAGAGAAUGAAGACGGAGAUACCACCCCUGAAACUUCGGAUUCUGAUGCGUCAGCAGAUCAAAGCGACUCUCCGGCAGAUAAAGAAAAAUCGGAGAAAUCCAAAAAAGAAAACAAUAACAACGAAAAGCGGCCAUUGAUGGCAUCUGCGUCGACAUCCAAAGUAUGCCAGAAAGAAAGACAUCAACGUUUUGUGAGGAGUUCGUCACUGACUUGUGCUGAAACUGUUCAUGACAUACAUGAUCGGUUACGAGAAAUGUCCGGAUCCACUCAUUCCUUGGAUGCUGCAAUGUCUGCUGCAACAACCUUAUCGCCUACUAUGUUGACUGCAACUUAUGGUUCAACACCCGGACCAUUGGAUGCUUCAAGCAAUACUGAUUCGAUGAAGACUAUUAAAAAAACAUUUACUGUAACAUCGGCAGCUCCUCCAACUCUUGCACUAGCUGAAUGGGGAUCCUUACCUGCUUUACCACAAGCUAGUCCAACAUCCACUCCAGUUGUCAGAAAGCUUCGACGGUUCUCGGUUUCUCCAUCAUCCAGUGUGUUUGAUGUUGCUACAACGUCUUCUGCCUCAACGUCUCCAAUACCAGAAGUAACUGCAUCUCCUCAUCCAAUCCGUCCUUCCACACUUGCCAUCGGAAUCCCGGUUACUGGUAGUGUCCCAGCGGGUCCGUCUUCUGCGCCCAUGAUUUUUGUGGAUCAUCACACGGAGGCUGCAUCUCCUGACUGUACAAAUACAUGCGAAGAACCAACGACGUCAAGAGAAGCAGAGAGAAAACGUGCUGAAGAAACGAUAAGGCAGAGGAGAGGACAAAAAGAGAUCAAGGAUACAUGUCGAGCAGUUAUCAAUGAUUUGCUCAACUAUGUAGAAUACGAGGAAAAAUCGCAGGUUGAGAGGAAGGCAUCUUUACUUCUUCGGAAUGCAUUCAGUCGGCCCAACCCAGAAGAAUUGUUGAAAAAUUUACAAAGAGCGGAAUCCCCGCUGACUCCAAGAACUCCAGUGACACCAUCCAGAGUGCUGGAGAUAGCCGAAGAGCUCGAAGAAGAAACCGACGAGCAAGUGUGCCAAUCAGUAGUCCGUUGUCUGGUUCGAGACGUUCUCCAAACAGAGAAAAACGAGCUUCGAUCAACUCUCGAUCGUCGUCGAAGACAUAACAGCGUCAGAAAUUCACCGGUUUAA